AUGGGCUGUUCUUCUAGUAUACACCCUGCGAUAGUUACUCAGCCAAACGCUACAGCGUCACUCGCAGCAAUUCCUGCGUCAUCCAAAUCACUUACUGCCUCUGGGCAGACAAGUGAAGUAGGUCAAGUUAAGCAAUUUAUCGAAGUAUCGACCCAAACCGAUGAGACUCAAAAGACUGAUGCAAGUGUAAAUACAACAGUCGACAGUGAAAAGAUUGACAAUGAUCGUUUAGCAUUCAAUGAUACGACUUUACCUAAUAAUCAAGAUCCACAGAAACAUCCAAUAACAUGUCUAGUUCAAUCAAAAACAACAUUAGCAACGUUGAACGAUCAGCUAAAUAUAUUUCUCAAUCCUCGUCUCAGUGCAAAUCUGAAUAGCGAAGAAAUACAAUGGAUACUUCAAGAUUUAGAUGCUCAACAGUAUUGUAUGAUGAUUCAGCAAGAACUUCUUUCUAUUGGCCCGAUGGCUAUUCAAGAAGCUGUCAAUGCUAUGAGAAAAUCACAGGAUCUUCAAAUACUUAACCAAGAUAUUUGGUUGUUGCUUGAACAAGCAGUGAAAACAAAUGAUGCUUCAUAUUUCAUUCGAGCCUAUACUGCUGAAAGUGAGUUCUACAAAAUACUCAAUCGAAAAUUGGCUCAGCAAGAUCUAACAAGUACAAAAGACCUGGACGCCGAGGAACAAAUGCAACUCCUUAUGGGAACCUUUUUUCAACAAAUGGACCAAAUGGUCUCUCGUGCUCAAGCGUUCCAAGAAGGACAACCAUUACCGAUUCAAAAUAGUAAUGAGUCGAAUUGGGCCAAAUUAUUUUUACGACCACUCUACAUGCUCCUGGCAACACCGAAUUCGAGCAUUCGAUUUCAGGGAUCGACAUAUCGAGGUAUGUGGAUUACACUAGACGAAUUAAAGUGUUACGUGGAAGACACACAAUUCGUAUGCAAUAAGGCAAUUACAUCCACAUCAAAACUUCGUACUGUAGCUCAAAGUUUUAUAGAUUAUGUUGGAAAUCCAUCAUCGGAAAUGUUAUCUGCAAUGUUCACAUACAAAAUAGAGUCGUAUAGCGCAUUAUAUGCGCUAAAUGUAAGAGACUUUUCCAUGAUUCCUCAAGAAGAGGAAGUACUUUUAUUACCUGGAGUAUUUUUUACUGUUAGCAAUGUUCAGUUUAUUCCUCCUCGCUCUGUGGAAAUUGAACUUCGAUCUUCGUUGGAAGAGCUGGCUAACAUGAUGUCAUCAAGUAUAGGCUCUUUAUUUUCACUUUUUCGUCAAUAA